AUGCAAAUAUAUAGCGUGCGGUGGGCGCCAACGUGCCGUCAUACGGUCGUAUCCACAGGGUUUGACGGCAAGAUCCUGGUGUGGGACAUCCGGCAGCACGACCGCGGCCCCUCUGUCACAUAUGCGACAUCGGAAUUCAAAACCAUGUUUCCAGUGGAAUUCCUCGCCCCGAACCAGGUCGUGGCGGGGGUUGAUCGUGCGUUGGUCGUGUACGACGUGAGGACCCACGACGUGCGCAGUCGCGACGACCUCGAGUACGAUGCCGACUCGGUUCUGGUCAAGGACAGGGUGGUGGUGGCGGCGCAUCGGCAGACGCUGUCGACGUUUCAGUAUAUGGACACUGUACAGUAG